UGUCGGGUAACAACUUUUAUUAUGUACGUUAAUAAAACAUUAGGUCUGUACAUAAUAAAAGGCCUUAACAGUUACUCACAUUCAGUUACAGUCACCUGGGGCCCGUUUCAGAAAGCAGGGUAAGUGCAAACUCCGAGUAAGUCAACCCCAGAAAACGGAAUACUCAGGGUUUUUGGUUUCAGAACGCGAGGAAUGUCAAACCCGCGACCGCGGAGUAAGUCAAGCCCAUUUCAGAAAUCGAGGUAUCUUAUACUCCGGGUGAGUAACCAGAGUAACCUACUCCGUGAACCUAACCUGGUCGGGAGCAGGUUUUAUUCCGCAAACGCAGGGUUUGUUACAAUCUCCGCCCCCUUUUCGAAGCGCGAGCGGGUUGAAAUGACAUACGUCAUAUGUUUAUUGAUUAGAGUUCCUAAUCGCGCUCUAUUUAGUCACACAGAACUUAAAAUAGCAUGUUCGUUUAUUCAUGAACCCAUAGAUGAGGAAGCUGCAUUAAUUCGCACAGAAUUAUAUUUAUGUCGGGAGAGAAUUCUGAGGCCCCGUUUGGACGUUUUAUCUUAACUUUUAAGGCCAGUUUAAGAAGUAUAUUUAACAUUUCCCAAUCAGUCAUCCUACUAGCAAGACUAUUUUAUUUCUUUAAACUUUCCUGAAUGAAUGAUGUUAUUGUAUUUCUACCACGGCGUUUUAGUGCCACGUUAAAAAUAACAUAAAUUCAAGAUUACGAGAAUAAAGUCAAAAUGUUACGAGAAUAAACUCGUCGUAAUACGUAUUUUAUUUUCGUGAAAGUUGUAGUUUAAGAGUUUAAAUUAUGUUUAAGUACGUCAUCUGAAUCAGUGAGUUAAUUCGUAGUUCAUGUCAGAUUUUGACAUUUCGACUUUAUUCUCGUAACAUUUCGACUUUAUUCUCGUAACAUUUCGACUUUAUUCUCGAAAUCUUUUUUUUUACGACGCCGUCGUAUAUUUCAUAUUCAGCUGCUGCCAAGAUCUUUUUAUUGCAGAAGGAUUUCACCUACAUGAGAACAAGAGAGUUAAAUAUAAUUUACAUUUUCACAGUUUCAACAAAAUAAAUAUAAAAGUGAUUGACAUAUAAACUUGCGCAUUAACACGUGAAGCACUUUUCUCCCACGCCAACUCUCUUUCUUUUGCUGCUGCGGCUGUGUUGCACUUUUUUCUAAAUAUCUGCUCAUAUUCACUAUACGCUUGUAACAGUUCCUUCAAUUUGAUUGGCGAGAAAUGAACAGAGCGCUUUUUGUCACGUGCCGUUGCCAUGGUGAAUCGUGCUAUCUUCACUCAAUUGAUGAUGGCUUUUCAUCGCCAUGCUGCACGCGCGUAACCUAGAGUGAACUGACUCAGGGUUGAUUAAACUAACUCAAAUCAGCUGUUCUGAAACUGAAAACUCAGAGUAACGAUUCUCUGAGUAAAUCAACUCAGGGUUCAGAUUUUAACUCAGUGUUGGUUGAACUUCCUUAUUGAAACGGGCCCCUGGGAAUGUGGAAUAACUUACCCAAAGUUCUGAGAGCUGGAUUUGGUGGGCCCACCACAAAAUGAGGACCAAAAUAAAGACCAAAGAAAUAUCUUUUUAAUCUUUUUGUUGUAUGCGUGUGUGUGAAUGCAUUUGUUGCUUUUUUUUUUGUCCAUUUUUAAAAUGCCUCAGAAGAUUCCUUUCCACUUUCUGUAAUAAAUUUGUAUAAAAAAUAUAUUUUGUGUUUCGUAAAUAGCUUCAUACAUUAUAUUUAAAAAAUCAUGAAUUUAUCCAAUAUACAUAUCAUGGAACUUCGUAUCUUUCAGACCCACAAAAAACAAAGUUCGUUUUGAAAUAAAAAAACUACUUUGGGCGAAACGAAAGCGAUACCGUGCGCUCAUGAAUGUUAAUUAGACACGUGACUAGUGCGUAAUGGCGUCGUGCUGGUAAGCCUCCUGAAUAUUAAUUAGCACACGUGACUGGACGCUUCAAAUAUAAUUACCGAACGUCGUCAUGAAUAUUUAUAAGAUCGUACAAGAUUAGUCCAGCACGAAACAACAAUUUACGUCUGUAAACGUGACAGACGGUCGUUUAUUAUAAUCGGAUGCUGAUUGAUCUUCUAAAUACAGAUUUGUACGUAUGCUUGGAUGUUUACCUCGUUGAAACCACACCUCUGAAUUUAAACAGGUGAGCUCACCUGGUCUGCGCUACCGAGCCGUUUGCCUCGACAGAUUAUUUCCGCCACCAGGAUUGACCGGAUGUCAUGGCGUUCAGCUGGUUUACAGAAUCCCACCGUAGCUGCGUUUUGAAGAACGGAAUUGUUCCCGAAUGGUUCCACGGGAUCAUCUCCAGGAAGGCUGCGGAGGAAAUGUUAAUGUGCAAACCAGCCGGUUACUUCCUGAUUCGUGUUAGCGAGAGCAGGGUGGGAUACACGUUAUCAUAUCGUGAUGAGGACCGCUGCAGACACUUCAUGAUUGACUUGUUAUCGGAUAACCAGUAUGAGAUAGUGGGCGAGAAACAUCAAUAUAGUUCCCUUCACGAUCUGGUGGCCUUCCACCGCAGGAUCCCCAUUGCCCCCUACUGCCAACUGCUAACCGUGGCUUGCGAACAGGCUGAUAAAAAUAGUUAUGCGGAGUUGCUGUUUCCUCAAAGGAAAAACAUCAACACUGAGCCGAAUGCAUGGAUGAAUUCCUCAACAGAACACAACCCAAGCUUGCCCAUCCGAAACAAAUCAUCUACACAAGCAACAAGUCCCACCACAGGAAUUUAUCCCAGCCUGGAGACAGAACUGGCCAGUGUAAAUCUACAGAGCAUGGAACUGCCAACAAAGCCUGUUCCAAAGCCUAGAACGAUACAUAAUAUCUCCACAUCUUCAGACACACCACCACAGUUACCACCUAGAGAUGGCUUGCCAAGUCAUCGAACCGCUACCGUUGAGGUAGACAGAUCACAAGGGCCGACAAAGGGAUGCCUUGAAAAACAUCAGAACGCGCCCAUCACACCCUCUGAAGAUAAAGGAACCAACCGUAACCAACAAAAACAGACGAAAAAUGCCAUCAUGGGCCUGGCACAAAUCAAGAGAAAGCUGAAGAAGAAGCACAGCCAGUGCGAUGAACACACUUAUGAGGAUAUUUUCAAAGAUGGUUGCGACGAGUCUUCCGCAUUUUCUGCUUCCAACUCUCGGCAACCGACGGGAAACGACUACCUCAGGCUGAUUGAAAACUGCCCGGUUGCGUCCCUCAGAACAUCUGAUGGUAUUCCCAACAUUGCUGAUAGUAAAAUACCCGUAGAGUACUCAAAUCCACCCCCGUUUGCACCCGGUUUCUAGGUGUAAACAUACGGGUGGUUCCAUUCAAGCAUGUAUUCGAACAUAUUUUGUUUGAUCGCACGGUUGUCACAACAUCUCUCAUUGUUUUUUUCAUUGUUAUUAUGUUCUGGGCGUGUAGCCAUGCUGUCAUUUCAAUUUGUGUCACAACAUUUUGCAGACAAUGCACUGAAGUUUGUGAUCUGGACAAACCUGUUCAAAAUGGUAAAAUGACAGUGUGUGUUGUUGUUUUGUGCCUGUGGGCAUAAAUUUGAAUAUACUUGCGGAUUUUAAUAAUUGCUUCCUUCAAUGUGACACUUUGGAAUAAAACAUUUUUGUAAAUUUUUCUCCACAAAAAGAAAGCUUUGCUGCUUUAAACCUGUGCUGACAGACAACCUAUAUAAAGAGAAAACUGUUGGCAGUUUCAAAAUGUGAAAUAAAACAAUUAAAGAAU